GUCGUCGUCGAUGAGAGAUCGCCGUGAUACAUCGCGAGAUAGAUUUUUGUCCCUUGGCCGUGUAUCGCCAUCGUCGCGUAUGAAACAGCGCGAUGUGCCUGUAAAACGCGAGUACAAGAGUGGUGAAUUCGCCCCACACGUCGUAUCCCCUAUUACUGUCACUCGAUACGCGUGAAUCUGUGAGUAGUCGCAGACGAGCGACGACGAGGUUGCCGAGUAACGCCCAAGGGAGGAACUAACUCGAAAAGGGAAGAAAACGCGAAGAAAAGGAAAGAAGAGAACAGAUUGUGGAACAAUCAACAGCUCAAAAUGGCACCAAGGUCUUUCGUCAAAAGAAAUGCCGAGGCACCGCAGAAAACCGAGGAAAAUGUCGGCGGUGGUAUCACUGAUAGUAAUGUACUUCCCACUACAGACACGUCUGAGAAAAAUGGUGGAACGGAAGAAGUUUUUACGGCAAAAUCCGAGAACAAAUUUAAGCAAUUCGAAGAAGAGCUAGAGAAAGAUUUAGGGAUACCGUCAUGGGGUCUUGUCGCUAUUUUAAUAGUCGUAGGUGUAAUUAUCCUUGGAAUCUGUUUCUGCUGUAUACGAAGAUGUUGUCGCAAACGACGUUCCAAAGAUGGCAAGAAGGGAUUGAAGGGAGCAGUAGAUCUGAAAUCCGUGCAGUUGUUAGGAAGCACGUACAAAGACAAAGUCCAGCCGGACAUGGAGGAGCUGACAGAUAAUGCUGAGGAACCAGAUGAGGCCGAGAGCAAGCAGAGCGAAGUUAAACUUGGAAGAUUGCAGUACAAGCUUGAAUACGACUUCAAUUCAAACAGUCUCGCUGUGACAGUAAUACAAGCGGAAGAAUUGCCGGCAUUAGACAUGGGCGGCACGUCUGAUCCAUAUGUUAAAGUAUAUUUAUUACCGGAUAAGAAGAAAAAGUUUGAGACGAAAGUUCACAGGAAGACAUUGAAUCCGGUCUUCAAUGAAACUUUUACGUUCAAGGCCGUUCCUUAUGCUGAUGCCAUGAAUAAGACUUUGGUCUUCGCCAUCUUUGAUUUUGACAGAUUUUCAAAACAUGAUCAAAUUGGCGAAGUUAAAGUGCCGCUCUGUCAAAUUGAUUUAGCACAAACGAUCGAGGAAUGGAGAGAAUUGCAAAGCGUUGAAGGCGAAGGUGGACAGGAUAAUAAACUGGGAGACAUAUGCUUUUCAUUGAGAUAUGUACCAACGGCUGGCAAGCUUACAGUGGUUAUUCUGGAAGCUAAAAACCUGAAGAAAAUGGACGUCGGCGGUCUUUCAGAUCCGUACGUUAAAAUCGCGUUGAUGCAGAAUGGCAAAAGAUUGAAGAAGAAGAAAACAUCAAUCAAGAAGUGCACUCUUAAUCCAUAUUACAACGAAUCAUUCACCUUCGAGGUUCCUUUCGAGCAGAUACAGAAAGUGCAGCUCGUCGUCACCGUAGUAGAUUACGAUCGCAUCGGUACAUCAGAACCGAUUGGAAAGGUAGUCUUGGGAUACAACGCGAGCGGAACGGAACUAAGACAUUGGUCUGACAUGUUGGCGUCUCCCAGACGUCCAAUCGCUCAAUGGCAUACACUGAAGGAUCCUGAAGAUGGAGAUAAGAAGGAUUAAGAAUAUUGAUUUUCCAAUUAAGCUAGGAAACUACCGUAAAGCUGUAACCAGAGCGAUCCGUUCAGCGAAUAAUUGUAGUUUUACGAGUGCAUUGAGCGCAUUAAGGAUAAAACGGAAAGCGAGAAAAAGAGAGAAAGAUGGAUCUCCGUUUAAACAAUCGGUACAUGUAAGCAUUAGAAUCCAUUCCAUUGCACAUAUACUCCGAUUCGCACGUAGCUCGCACGAAAAUAUGUAAAUAAAAAUGCAAAACCUAUUUGUAAAACUGUAGUUUAAUUAGUCUGGAAAAAACGUCCUCGAUGCGAUUGAUGAAAUUAUUAUUGAAAUUUGCGUUUGAUGGGAUACCGUUCUCAAUCGCGAAAGCGAUCGAGCAACGAUUCGACGAUGAUCCGAUACGUUUUGCAAACCAAGCACAAAUCGAUAAAAGUACUUUCUCUUGCUGGUCAACUAGAAAAAUAUUAAGAAAGAUACAGUAAAGAGGUACGUAAAAAAGUUUAUUGCGUUAAGUCAUGUCAUCAUGAAGUAAAGGAGUUUCUCAAGAAGCACACAACCAAAUCGAAAUGAAGAAGGAUGCAUCGUCGGAUCUUGAUUCAUUAAAUAUAAUGCCUUAACGACCGAAUUCUCUUUAAGAAAAUUUGUGUUGACACCUAAAAAUGUUUUCAAUCAGCUAAAAGAAUUAAAACCUGUACUUUGACAAAUGUUCGAUUAUUUCACAUCGACGUGUUUCACUACAUGCGUCAAAUUUAUUAAUUGUGUUCGUGUCUUGCAUCGCGAUCGAUCAUUGUCAUCAUCUGCGAGAUGACGCGCUGAGAUUAAGUUUCGAUGACGAUAAGCUAACCGAGGAAAAAAACUAAUCUUUUCCAGUUUACAUUAUAACCCAUACAGCACCGAAAGAUUGCAGAAACGUUGCAGAAAUCUUACAUUGAAAGAUUGCAAUAUUGCAUGGAAGUUGCGAAAUGUCUCUGCAAUGUUGCUGCAACAUUGCAGUAAUGUUGAAAUGUCCGCCCUAGGAAACAUUGCAAUGAAACAUUGCAGUAACAUUGAAAUGUGUGCUCCCAGAAACAUUGCAAAAAAUAUAAUAGUAUAGUAAAAGAGAGUAAUUUAUAUUGGUCCAAUAUUAUUAAGUAAUCUGUUUUUUAGCUAAUACUUAAUUAUGAUUAAAUGGGCAAAUUUAAUGACUUCAGAUGCUUUCGGCGUACGUGGACGUUGCCUAUGGGAACCUCUGCCGCAAGUGCAAAAAUUCUCAGAAAAAUUAUUAUCAUGCCAAGGCACGUACUUAUAUAACUGUGAAGCUAAAUCUUAACGUCGAGUAAGAACUCGACAUAUGCACCACCUAGUGGUGCGGAGCGAAAACGCAUACAACUUUGCAGGAUCAUUUCGGUGCAAUAUUGCAAUUGUAUAUCUCUGUAAUAUCUCUGCAAAAUUACAUUGCAACUUGUAAUGUUGCAACAUUCCUGCAAUAAAACUGGAAGCUUAUGUGCUGUAUGGGAAUAUUCUUUAUCGUAAGAUACGUGCACUUUGUUUCUAACUGUCGUGAAAUCACGUAAAACGAAUCUUUGAAGCGAUGUUCGUCGGGCGCCGCUUGAUGAACCUCGAAAUUAAGGUCCAACAUUCGAAAAAUUGGAUGUAUGUCGCGUAUAUAUUGCGUACGUACGUACGUAUACAUGCGUACACGUGUGUGUGUGUGUGUGUGUUUGCUAUGUAUGAGUGUAGAUCGACGUCAUGAGUAUCGUUUGCGAAAGAAUCAUAUCUCUGAAGAAUAUGCAAACUUGAAGACUCAUUGAAAGAAAGGAAAGAAAGAGAUAAAAGAAAAAGAAAUCUAGGCCAUCAAGAUGCCUCCGACUUGAAUGAAUAUAUCAACAAACAUGUAACCAUUCCAUUGCAUAUUAUACACACUAUUAAAGUUUAGUGCGACCGUGUAUUGUAAAUCUAUAGAAGUUAUUAUUAUAUCGUAAUAAUUAUUAUGUAAUAAAUAUUGUUGUUAAC